ACGUGUUACCUCUCCCACCUUUCAUAUUCAGUGCAGUAAGUAUCCUAGAUCCUAUAGAUCAUCUCCGACAGUACAGUACUAGCUAGCUAGCUACACAGUCAUCUCCUGCUUCUAGUGAAAAGAUCCGACCGUGACAGCAGCAGAUUUUGUAUACGGAACAUGAUCAACAUCUGAUAUUGUAAACCCAGUGCAGUGGUGAUUGCAGAAAGAUGCCUAUGCGAGUACACAUGGUAUUUGGAGAUACCUCCAUUCUAGUGCCGUGUGGAGACGGCAAGCUGACAGUUGCAGAGCUAGUGGAAAAGGGUGUUGUCAAAUUCAAGAAGUUCAUUGCUACCAAGCACCCCGAGGAUGUGGUUGAGGUACGCAGUGUGCGACUGAUAGAGAGUGAAUCACUCGUGGAUGAAGAUGACGAAGUAGCGGACGUUCUAGAAGAUAAAGACACGGUGGUCUUGGAUUAUGUCUACUACCCUCACAGAGACGGCAAUGGCAACUCUCUCAACAGUAUUUCUGAUGACUCAGCAAUCGUUGGCUCUUCCUCACAGCCGUACUCUCCCGGUAACCUUGACAAUGCCGCCCACCUCCCACUCUCCGACAAAGAGUACGAGGAAAAUAGAGAAGACGAACUACUUCCAUCAAAGUCACAAGAGGACGCUGGAAAUGAAGAGCAAGGGACCCCCCACCACAGUCAGGAGAUACUCAUGCCCCUCAGUGGUCACUCUCAAGAUCAAGACCUCCUCUCCAAUGCUAACUGGCCCCCACUAACCAGCUCACAGGAGAGCCCUCACAACAAGGCCACCUGGCGUCACUCAAAUGAACCCACCACUCGAGAGAUUAUUGAUAACCAUGACUCAGGUUAUAGCACCCGAUCUCAAGCUAGCUACGGCCCUGAAUCACAAGAAGCUUCUUACACGGCUGAUCUGUCCCCUGGGCACACGGAAGUGACACCACCAAGUAGCAGUAGCACUUCCACCGCUCGACUGGCUUCAUCACGCAGUGUGGGGGGUACUGGUAGCCAAUCUAACCUCAGGGGAGGAAAGUCCAAAGGUCAUAGAGGCAGCAAAGAAGAUAUAAAGAACACAAGUCCACCGGGUUCGAAAACAUCACUAUUCAAAUCAAAUGAAGGACGAUACGACCCUAGACAACGUACAGAAAGUCUUCCCCAUGGAAACCGUUACCAUGACUACCCAGGGCCGACAGGAAUGGAUAUGCCUCCAGGACGCUUUCCCAGAGCAAACAUGUACAGUGGGUUCUCAUACGAUGGCCGACCCUACCCACCCCACCCCCCCUUUGAGGCUCGUGUCUACCCACCCUCGGACUUUGCACCCUACGGCAGUUGGUCCUAUGACAUGUACCAUAGACAACAAUAUCUAAUGGCCAACCGUCGACCAAUGGAAAUGCAGCAACAACGUGACAGGGCACGAACAGUCAGUACAGAGCGGCUAGACCAAGUGGGCGGCUAUCCAGGCAACAGGGGCAGUUACUAUGGCAACGGUUAUCGGCAAGGAAUAGAGGAAGAGUUUCUGUCACAACCUAAUCCAACGUUUGUACCACCAAUGGCCGGGUUUGAUCCUCGUUUUCCUAUGAAUGGUGGACCGUCACCAGGGGUAAUCCUCUCCCAGCCGGCCAUGAUGGGAGGUGGGCGUAGCAUGUACGGGGGCGGAGGAGACUCGUUGGAACGCAGAGGGGGUGGGGCCAGGAGGCAUGGCUACUCUAUAGAUGAUGACCUUGAUAAUCUGGACGAGAUGGAUGAGGUGGAGGGAGAGGUCCACUCUGGCAAGGGUCGUGGUCGACCGAGUCCCUUCCAGCGAGACACACGCAAGAGCAUGUUUCGUGAUGGCAGUCUCUAUUCUCAGUGGAUGGAGCGUUGCUAUGAGUACGACAUUCAGGGUGAAGAUGAGUUACCUGAAUAUGCGGGCAAUUCUCAAAGGUCACGGAGUCCAUCACCCACCCCUCCUACUGACCAUACCCCCCAUGGAGACGACGAAUCAGAUGAGGAUGAUGAAUUUGGCAAUAUCCACAUAGUUGAGCUGCACAAGGGAGUGGAGUCACUGGGAGUCUACCUUACUCACUACACAUCACCUGAUGGACGGGACCUGGGCGUAUUCAUCGGUGAUAUGAUGAGUAAUGGCUUUGCUGCACAGUCUGGUAAACUACAGCAUCAAGAUCGCAUCCUAGCUUGUAAUGGAGUAGACUUCACCAAAGAAAUGACCAACUCUAGAGUCGAAGAAGUCUUCACACAGAUGUCCAAAGAGCCGCUAUUAAGAAUGGCAAUCAGUCGAGGGGCUCAGAGCGAUCUACCAUAUAUGCUCGUACCACCGGAAGUGGGUGUGGUCCCAGAGGGUGGGAUCAAAGUGGAGACAGAACCUGAGACACCCAGUACACCAAAAAUAGUGUCUAACUCAUCGCAGCCGCCAUCCCUCACACUCACCAACACACGUCAGAUUGGCAUCAAGCACGCCAUCACACUCACAAAGACCACACCCACCAGCUCGCUCGGCUUCGGUGUGACAUCACGUGAUGUCAUGACUGACAAUAAGAGUGUACCAAUCUACAUCAAGAGCAUCACAUCAGGCACACCUGCAUUCAUUGAUGGUAGACUCAGGAUAGGAGAUCGCUUGUUGGAGGUGAACAGACGAGAGGUCACUGGAUUAGCACGUGUAGAGGUCGUAUCGUUGCUACGGGAACCACGGACCGAGGUUGACAUUGUCGUGUCCCGGCAAGAAACUAUUGACGAACAAGAAGCCGAUGAACCACGCCCCUCUGACACGCCCCCUGUUGCUACUACGGUGGGUAAGACUGUGCUGACUCUGGAUAUCCAUCUCUCCAACACUGGCUCUGCUGGUCUGGGGGUCACUGUGUAUGGACGUACCACACUGGGGUCUGGCAAGAAGACUGGGGACAUGGGCAUCUAUAUCAAGAGCAUUGUACCAGGAGGAGCAGCCGCCCUCGACGGACGACUGCGUAAGAACGACCAGCUCCUGUGUGUCAACAAGGAAGGUCUACUCGGCUGCUCUAAUCAACAAGCACUGGAUAAGCUACGCACUGCCCUGGCUAAGGCCUCUAGUGUCGGUGAAGGAGGCGUGGCUAACAGCAAUGUAGAGCUGGUGGUGGCCAGGAGAAUGGGCAAUCCAGGCAGUUCUCAGUCUCCGUCAAUGGCCGCCUUAGGGGAGGAGCCAGAGGAGGAGGAGAAGGUCGAAGAAGACAAAGGUCGAGAGGUCGGCAUUGAUGUUCCAAUUGAUGCCCGCCCUCACCCAGCUGUGUCCAUGCACUCGUUGACCACACAGAGCCCCGUGGAUAGUCGUCAUGGCGAUGGACGAAUGGAGAGACUGCUAUCACAGACUUCACUAGACCACACGGAUGCUCGGACAAAAGAUCGUGGCAGUCGUGGUGUAUCAGGGUCACCACUCAUACGCCACAGAGGUCAAGAGGUCGCGGAGAUGGUAGCAGUCAAGGACCACUCGUUGCAACCACGGCAACCAACAUUGAAACGAGCAGAAGAAUUGAUGGGCAGUGGAGAGUUUGAUCGUCUUGAGCCACUACUCCCACACUCUCCUCGCUCCUCACACUCUGCCCACUCCUCACACUCCGCCCACUCCACCCUCUCUCCCCGGCAACCUCGCGUGAGACGAGACCUUGAACAAUCUACAGAGCUCAGGAAUCGACCAAUCACACCGCAGUCACCAGUAACAACAACACAGAUGCAUGACAAGCUGAGGUCAUGGUACGAUGAUGCAGCUGCCUCCGUGUUGCCGAGUGUGGACCCUCGUGUUAGGAGCACCUCCCUCGAUAGGCACCGCCCACCACCAAGAGACUACGUCACGCCAGAUAACAGGGGUCAAAGGUCACACAAUAAGCCAGAGCCGUCAGCUUUCUAUCCUUACCAAAGACAGGAUGAGAUGCCCUAUAGAUAUCGUGCCCACACGUCCACUGACCUCCAGGGGGUGGUCCAGAGAGGCGUGACCUCUCCCUCAGAUAUAGAGCUACAACUGUCAUCAGGUCAAAGUUCACGUGAGGGUAGUAUUCACCGGAGUCAAUACCCCACUCAAUACCCGGGCCCAACCAACCAAUCAUACGGAGGGGACAAUGCUCCCACUAGAGGGUCAGGACGCAAGGAUCGUAAUCGUCCUGAAAGGGGGAGUGGCCGCCACCAAACCACAGCGCAAUACUCGAGUAGUUCGGCAUCUGUUAGUCCGUCCAUAUCACUGAUGAUGUCAUCAUCUGACAUCAUUGGGGGAAGUCCCCUCACCAACGGCUACGCUACCCUACCAAGAGCUGGAUCACGGUUGAGCGAACAAGAGAUUCCCAUUGGCCAAUCAAAUGCUGACGCAUCAUCGACAUGCUCGCUUGAUCGACUUCGAUUCUCCGACACUGAGAGUAAUGCUGCAUUUCGUAGAGACGAGCCCGGGAGAAUAUCCAUCACCAAGAAGACCAAGAAGAAUCCUCGACAAGACUUUGCUCACAUGCACCUGAACAAUGUGGAGCCCCUAGUGGAAGGGGAAGCCCCUGUUCUCAUGAGGACUGGCUCUGACGGUUGUCUCAACGAGUCAGCAGGCGUCAGAUUGCUACAGGCGUCCCUGGGCACCAUGGAGCUAGGUCCUCAGUUAGGUCUGGCCAAGAGCAGCAGUCUAGAGUCUCUACACAACGUGAUGCAUCAUACCAUCAAGAUGGACGUGGUCGACGAUGGCUCCGACAUCAGAAACAGGACCACUCGAGCUAGUUUUGAUAGAGCUGUUGAUCGCUCCUAUGACAAUGCCACACCCACUACUGCCGAUGAACAGCAGAGAGUGUCCUUUGACCAUGACGUCAGCUCAUCAGUUCCCGCGGUGAUGAGCUACACUAAGAACCCGAGUAGUCGCAAAGGAGGCAAGAAGCCAGGCUUCUUCAAGAAGGUGUUCACCAAGAGCAAGAAAGGCAAGACUGGUGGUAAGAAGGAGCGACCAGCUUCCAUCUCCUCACCUGCUAGCCUGCACAAGAGAGGCAGCAGCGUGGAUAUCAUUCUGGAUCAGGAGAACUUCUCUGAGGCUGAGAAAGAACUGCUCAGAACUGGCUUCACAAUCCCCAUUCGACUUGGCGACGAUUCCGUUGACGAUAUCCGUAUCCCUGGUGACAGUCGCUAUGGAAACAGCGGAGGGUCGGAGCCGCAGAGACACAGCAUGCCGAUAAUCGAUGACUACGAUAGUCCAAGCUCUCCCACCAACGAUGAAGAUGCGCUAAUGUCAACCAUGGCUAAAGUUUAACUAACCAUUAACUAACUAAUUAAUUUCUGCCACGUUUCAAUUCACUUACGACAUAAUUGUCUAGUUUUACUAGUAUUUUGCAGUUGGUGGGCUAUUAUUUUGCACUGUACAUGUCUUGUGUAUAUACAUAGUUUUUAUUUCACUGCGUCUUUAUUCGUCUUGUCAGCAAUUGAAUUUUUAUCAACACAAAACAGUUUUUAAAUCCUUUACCGAGUAUGACUGUACUUAUAACUAUAGUGGGCUCUUAUUUAUUUUUGUUCGCUAUAAUUAUAAUUAUAUAUCUGUACUGCAUAUUGAUCAUGUGAUCAUGUGAUCAUGUACGUAUACUCUUUGUUCAAUAUCGUCACCACAAGAA